AUGGCGACCUCACCAGGUCAGCAGCCCACUCCGCAGAGUGUGUUCGAGUCCAUGCAAAGCGACCACCUCGUGAGCAUAUUCGUCGGUAACGCCACCACGCCUCUCCGUAUUCAGCAAUCCAUCAUUGCUGCCACCUCCGACUACUUCAAAGCUGUCUUCACCAACAAAGGCUUCGAGGAGGCGAAAAAAGGAGUCCUACACCUGCCUGAAGAUGACCUUCAGGCAUGGGAGCUGUUCAUAUAUUGGCUUGUAAAGGGGACCGUGUGGGAAAUGGCAGAGCCCAUCCAGCUCAUCCAGUGCUGGAACCUCGGCGACAAGUACGGAAUCAGUCAGCUCCAGGACGACGUCAUGUGGCUCUUGUUUUCGAAGCAUACUUGGGAUCAUGAGAAAAUUCUGGAUAUUGUGAAAGACUACUUGGACGCAAGUGUUCCAGGUUCCCGGCUGCGCAAGUUGCCGAACUGGGAUAGGCUGUGUGACAAUCCGGAGGUUUGCAAAGACCUCUUGGCUGCAAUUACUACCGUUGCAAAGGACACCUUGGAACACGAGCGGGAUUGCUUGGAGGAUUUCGAGGGUGAGGAGCCGAUGUGGAUGAGGUACAUGGUGGGAAACGGACCAAACACGCACGGAAAUGCUAGUGUGGGGGGUUCUUUCUGGUUCAACUCGGACGGCGGUUGGUACAGAAGUGACGAAUGGAUUUCAGCGCAACGAUGA